AUGACGGGGUUGACGGCGUUCAUGCAGGAGGGGGCGCUUCAGAGUAGCGCCAUUGAGUCACUCGACCUAUCGAAGAACCUGAUAGAUACACCAGUGAACUACACUGUCGGCGAGGAGUUCACGUGCCUCCAGGAUUACGAGCAGCAGCUUGUGCUCACCCGCGUUGCGGGGUUGCGGCCCGGGAGCGCCCCCACCGCACCGCGAGUGAGGGGGCGGAUUCUGUCGCUCGACCGGCCCAAGGAGUCGGCCGUAUCAUCUACAUCAGCAGCAAGAGGAGCCCCCACCACCACGGCAGCAGCGAAAGCAACGGCGGCCACUGGCGGGGAUGUGCCGGUGGGGGUUGGUUCAACCGCAGCCCCUGCUGAGGACAGUGCUGGUCCAAGGCCGCCCUCAGCGAGUCUCACUUUCGUGUCGAAUGUGGGCGUGGAGAGAGGCGAGACGACCUUGCAGGUGGGGCAGCUCGAGGUGGAGGGGUCGUCGUUGCAGGACAGUCUGCAGGCGCCUCGCAGCACGUCGUGCCUGUCACCUGAAACGGUGGAUCAGUAUAGCAGCAGUCGCCGUCAGGAGUUCCGCUCCUCGCCCUGUCUUCCUCCCUUUCACGUCCGACAAAAACAGCCGUCAAAACGGCAGUCGCAGCAACCAGAGCCCUCUCACCACCAAAUCCACUACAACCAGCCGCAACACUACUACUACCAACAUCACCACCACCACCAACAGCAGCCACAGCAGCAGCAACUACAUCAGGGCGGCACGCCAUUCUUCCCACCGCUCCUCUUUUCUCAGGGUGGCGAGCAGCAGUGGUGCGGAGUGCCGCUGUACGUGCCGUUGCCGUUCCCCUCACAGCAUCAGGGGCCGCUGCCGAUGGCGCCGCUCACGGGGAUCAAGGAGAGCCAUGUGGCAGGGACGACGUCGCCAUCGCCACCACCACCGCCACCACCGGAGAGUGGUGCGCGAUCGCCGUCUCUGGGGCUGUUCAGUGUCGACAACCACGAGGACAAGGAGGGUGAGGGCGACGGUGCUGCCUUUGAGAAAAUGAUGACGGAGCCGCUGCGCGCCGGUGAGUGGGAGUUGGCGGAGUGGAAAGAGAAGGAGCAGCGCUUUCUGGAGGCGCUCGUUGUGCGGGUGGAGUCCCACGAGAAUGCGACGGCGGAGAUGAUAGAGCGCAACUACCAGGCAACUUGCGAGCGCUUGAAUGCCGUCAAAGAUGAGCUGGCGCAGCGAAUCCGCGAGACUCUCGAGGAGCAGCGAAGGGAGCGGGAGCAGCUGCGGGAUGAGCUGCGCGAGGGACUCGCCACAGAGCAGCAGCGGCGUCAGCAAGAGGAGAGCCCUGAGGAGGUCAUGUCGGGCCAACUCGCACAACUGAUCCACACGGGUAUGAAGCACAUCCACGAGCAGAUGGAGAAGCCUGCUUCUGCGGGUGGGGGUGUGGGUGGCGCAGAGAAGGGCGUGCGGCAGCCCGCGCGGGAUUAUCUGCGCGAGGUGAGUGACCGUCUGAGGAGCCUCGGCUGGUGA